GUUAAAUAUACAAUUUCAAGUUGUACCAUAAAGGCAAAAACUUAUAGCGGCAAUACUAUAUAGCAUUGUAAAAUUCUUCAGCCGAAUGCUACCUUCAAUCUUUGUUAGCCCGAAUCACCUGCCUCAAUAGAUUUAUUAUUUAAUGAGGAUCGGAAUGGGCUCAAGCGUAUGUGUCAAGAUGAAGAAGAAGAAAAAAACCCACCACCCCAUGCGGCCAGCUCGGCUUUGUUCGACAAAGGCCCCAUUAUAAGUUUACUAAGCGAUGGAUAAAGCCCAUAUUUUGCUCACUACUCACAAGGGCCAAUAGCCCAAUACCCAGUAAUAUUAAAAAUCACAAAAUAUUAAAAUUGGUGCUCUCGUUGAGAGUCGAACUCAAGACCUCCCGCUUACUAAACGGGUGCUCUAACCAACUGAGCUACGAGAGCUGGAUGAUUGAAUUCACAAUGUUAUUUUUAUAAACUAUAUUGUUUAUCGAGUGACUGCCAUUGGGUUGCUUGUUCUGCGUUCCGCUUUCUUACUUCCAAUCAGUCAUGUCAACGUGUGGCCCUCGGAAGGAAGUCCUGAAAUGAAUAUGCACCGCAAAUUGUAACGCCAAAAGAAACAAGAUUGUUCUCGUCCCAAAACUUACGAGUUGUAAACAAUUUUACCCGUAUGUAUUUUACUAUAAAACUCAAUGAACUUAGGAGUUGUAAUUAGGAAUGACAAUUUUAUCUAUACUUAAACGUAUUUUACUAUCCAAUCAAAUUGGGUUGGGUAUGUAAUGCAAAUAUAUGGUGGUUGGGUAGAAUUUGAUGGCUUUGUAAUUGUACUAAUUUACUUGGGUUAUGUUGGGUUUUUAACAAAUGAAUGUGGGUUCAUGUGCUGCUGUGUGCAUGAUGUUCAAACACAAAUGUUCAUCAUUUACUUAGUUUUUUUUUUUUUUUGACAAGGUCAUCAUUUACUUAAUUAGUGGAUUAAGAAGGUAGAUUCUGAAUGAGAUACAUGUUCAAACAUAAAUGUUCAUCAUUCACAUCAUAGACGUGUUUGUCAUCUGUGCUGUAUUCUAACGAAAAUUAUAAUACAUUUUUUAAGUAAUAAGAAAUGAUAAAUCAGUUCAUUUUAAUUUUAUUGCUUAAUUUGUAAUAAAAUAAAAGAUUGUGGACCAUUAUCGUAACUAGUCAGGUCGCCAACGAGGUCCUUUUCUGCAAAUACAUUUUUUCAGAAGAAAAAAAAAAACGAGAAAGAGAAAAAGGCAAGUUAUCUGGCUGAAAUAGAAGGGGAGAGCCAAACCGAACAGUACUGUGAGGUGAGCCAGUGGGAAAGCCGAGCUGCGGAGUUGGUGGAGAAGAAAGAAAGAAAGAACGCACGUAACUUCUCUCUCCUCCAUUUCCCGGUUCCUUCCUCACUCUCUCUCUCUAGGGUUUUGCUUCCCCCCAAUCCUCGAAUCAAAUUCCGACGAACCCACCUGCCAAUUCUCCGCAAUUUCGCUUCUUUCCUCUGUCCGCCGAUCAAACGGAGAUCAGCUUCCAUCUGGGCUUCGAUCGAGGGAAGGGACGGCAAUCGGACGAGAAGAACCCGAGUUUCUAACUAGUUUCCGAAAUGGCUUCCGACACAUGGGGCUCCCGAUUCUCCACUACUCGCCGCUACCAAUCUCGACCUGAUCCAUUUGAGGAAGGGGAAAUGGAAGAUGAUUCCAAAGCUGAGUUCUUGUGCCCGUUUUGCGCCGAGGAUUUCGAUAUUUUGGGGCUGUGUUGUCAUAUGGACGAGGAGCAUCCCGUCGAGACCAAAAAUGGGGUGUGCCCUGUCUGUGCUAAAAGAGUGGGAAUGGAUAUAAUCGGCCACAUCACUACACAGCAUCAGAACUUCUUUAAGGUGCAGCGCAAAAGAAGGUUGCGUAAAGGUGGAUCCAACUCGCCAUUCGUGAUAUUGAGGAAAGAACUCCGCGAUGGAAGCUUUCAGUCGCUCCUUGGUGGAACUUCAUACUUCGUCUCGAGCACAGAGCCUGACCCACUGCUCUCAUCCUUCAUGUUUAGUCCUGCUGGGCUCAAUGAGCCUAAGUCCAUUCCCCCUACUGCCGCUACAGAUGUCGCAACAAGUCCAGCAAUGGUUAUGAUCGAGGAAUCUCUAGAAAGGGAGGUCGAGCCAUCAUCAAAAGCGGUAUCAGACAAGGACCAAGAGGAGAGGUCUCGUCGAUGUGAGUUCGUUCGAGGAUUGGUGCUGUCCACCAUCCUAGAUGAGUUAUGACUGAGUUACCUGAUGGAAAGAUGUACUCUGUCAAGUCUUUGUAGUAUAUAUAUAAUGAAUGGUGCAAUGAGAUGGGGAGAGGGGAAAAUGGCCAAAAGUGUCCAUUUCAUGCUUACCUAGUGUACCAAUGACACAGUAAUCAUCAAUCCAGAUAUAUGUAAUAUAAUAUAUAUCUACAUAUAACUAUAUGAUUAUAUAAAUCUUAAUAAUUUUGCAAUGUGGGGCAGAGCCAAGAUUUGCACCAAUGUGAACCAAGAGAUAUAAAAACAAGCAACAGUUGUGGAUAAAUUAAACAAUCUUGAUCUUGAGUCUUGACAAUGUCAUAAGAACAUGUCUGAAUCACAUUAUUAAACACCAUUGAACGAGCCAAAGGGCUAUACAACCUGAAGGUACAAUGUUGUGGACAAUGUGAUUCUAGCAAGGUUGUCAACCCGCAGGUUGACCCUGACCUGGUGAGAAAAACGGACCGCACACACCCGCCGGGUCGACCGCUAUAAGGUAUCGGGUUGAAGGUUAAAUUGUGUCAUUGUUUUCUUUGGUUUGCGAAAUGCGCAUAUUUUCCGAUUUUUUUUUUCGCCUAACUCAAUCUUUGAAAUCCUAAGUUGAAUAUUGAUGUAUAUAAGUGUGUGUGAAUUUUCACUUUAUGCUAGAUCUAAGUACGAUAUGUUAUUUUGGUGUAAUAUUAUAUGUUAUAACUCAUAUGUUGGAUAAGAUUUGAUAUAAUUUAUAAGGAUAAGUACAAUAUAAUGACUCUUUUCAUAUUUCUGGGCCAAACCGGGCUAAAACGGUUGACCCAAUAACCCUUGACUCACUAGCUCGACCGGAUCCGAGUCAACCCGUUGACAACCUUGGAUUCUAGUGUUCUAUAAUAGCUUGAAGGGCCUUUGCGAUAUUAGCAAGACAAGGUUGAGAAUCAUCCAUUUUCAAAAAUUCGCUGUGCAGAAUUAAUCAGCCACAAUCCAUAUCUAGCAUCCACAGAAGUAAUCUUAAACACAAGUUCUUAAUAAGAGAAGAAAGAACACCAUGAAAUAACUAAAUCAAACUACUUGUUUCCAAUACAUUAAGAUGGGUGGUGCUCCACUAUUAAACCCACCAUCUAUACAAACAACUACACCAUACAUAAUGUACCGUUCAUUCAUCUCUGAGUGUAGUUCUAAGUAAUAAACAACUGUAUAUACACAAUUCCAUCAUAUCUUCUUCUUCUUCAUCAUCAUCAUCAUCAUCUGCUACAAACCUUAUUUAAUGUAAGAAACAGGAGAAGUCUGUAGGUUUCCCAAAUAUAUAGUAGACUGCCCACAGGGUAGACCACAAACUUAUCAAUCCAGGGGAAAGCAGCACCUCAUGUAUAAUCUCCAAAUAUGAGAGAUUCCCUGUGUACAAAGCUAUAAACUACACAUGGUCUUUAUGGCCCCUUUUUAUUCCAAAGGCAGACACUUUUUCAUCACCCAUAUGAGUUUUUCAAGCUUCAGAAGAAGAAAUCCUGGAGACAAACACCUUGGAAAUAUAUAGUUUUUCUUCCUCCCUCAAACAAGAAGCGACAACAUUAAUAUUGGAGCCAAAAGCAUAGAGCAAUGUGCGAUCGAAAUGGGUCUCUCUUCCAGGAUAUUAAAAAGGUGCCACACAAUUACCUUUUCCAAACUUCCAGGUAUCUUAAAAUGGUCCAACCCAGACAGAUACCUCUAUCACCGCCAGCUAGAGCUGUGGGAAACAAAGAACAUGUAGUCCGGAUGAUGCACUUGAAGAAGCCGUAGCCAGGUUUCAGCAGCACGCUGAAGUGAGUUCACUUUCGGGUCGUAAUCUCCAUUUGGGUUCCAGAAAGAAACCUUCAACUUAUAAGAAGCGAGACCAAAGCUAUAUAGAGAUAGCUUGGAAAUGUCAGCGGAUUGAGCAUCCAUCCGGGUGCCGUUAAUUGGCAGUCCAUCUGUGUUUCGACCUGGGACAAGGCGAAAAAAGAGAAAGCUAGGUC